AUGCCGAAAUAUACUGCUAAAUAUCUACCACCAUCCAUAUUCAAUUCUUAUUCUUUUCUUUUAUCUUUUCUCAUUUCAGUGGCAUUCACUUACCCUCAUUACAGCACCCACAUAAAAAAGCGGUGCUUCCGCACACUUGGAUGUUUUUCAAUCAUCUACCCUUAUAACAACACUUAUCUUCUACCUGAUAGUCCCUUUCUCAUUGGUACUCGGUUUUGGAUAUAUUCACCGUAUUCCAUUAAAAGGAAACCUCUCAGAAUCGAUUCAAAUCGAUCCCGUAGGAAUCAUUUCAAAUAUAGAUUCCCAACAAAAGUUAUUAUUCCUGGAUUCAAUCCGAAUCAUGAGAACUUUAAAUGGAUCCACGACAUGGCCAUCGCCCUUCAACAUCAGGAACCAGCAAACAUUAUUACUGUGGACUGGAGUAGAGGAGCUGGAUUUCCUUAUGAACAAGCGGUGGCAAAUGCUCGAGUUGUUGGUAAACAGAUAACCAACCUGCUGAUAAAACUGAAUCCUACUAAGUUAAGAUUCUUCACAAAGUUACAUUUGAUUGGUCACAGCCUCGGAGCUCACAUUGCAGCAUUUGCAGCCAAUGGAUUGAAUCAUACCAGCCGUAUAACAGGGUUAGAUCCAGCUGGACCAAACUAUGAACGUGCCCCAAAAGAAGUUCGUCUGGACCCCAGUGAUGCUGACUUUGUCGAUGUUAUUCACACAGAUGGUUCGUCGUUCUCAGCCAUAAAAGGCUUCGGAACAAUGAAACAAUUGGGCGAUGUCGAUCUUUACCCUAAUGGCGGCAAAAAACAACCCGGAUGUGAAGGAUCAUGGGCACACCUGUUUUACCAAGCUUACAAAACUGGGUUGAAAAAUGCGACUAAUUAUGUUGGUUGUAGUCAUAGUAGGGCCAUACAGUUGUUCAUGGAGUCCAUUAACUCAACAUGUUUCAGAGCCGUCAAAUGUAGCAGUGAUGCCGAUUUUGAAAAUGGCCAAUGCGUAUUAGGGGAAUUUAUUACAAUGGGUUACUACUUGUCUAAGAGGACACCCAAAGGAACUUACUACCUCAAUACGUUGAAAGCUCCUCCUUAUUGUGCACAUAACUACGUCGUCGAUGUGUACCUAGCUCAGAAUGAUACCAUCCAUGGUGCUUAUAUCAAAGUUAUUGGAUUGAAAAGUUCAACAAAACAGAUCAUUCUACCUAGCCAGCCAAACAGUCAUUCCAAUCGUUAUAGAUCAAGCGUCGUCGUCCUUACUCCUCGAGACUUAGGGGAAAUCGUGGAGGUUCGCAUACUAUAUAGACCGCCCAGCAGAUUUGGUUUCUUCCUGUUCCGGUAUAAUAUAGAGGUACACGGUGUAUCGGUGAUGGGAUUGUCAUACCACACUAAGUUUCAGUCAUGCGAAAAAGUUACUAUUGCGAAGGGCCACACUUACCGAUUCCAACAAAACAACUUCAUCAAUACUUGUACGUGAAGAUGUCUGAACAAGUAGUCUGUGAUAUAAUAGAACCAACCAACUUUUGUUGUAUGUUUGUGUCCGAGUUACAAUUAUGGUAGCUACUAAAACAACAAAGACAAACCAAUAUUCUUUUUGUUUUUACAUCGAAAAUAUAAGCUUAAAAAAUAGAAUAAAAUAAAAAUUUAGAUAAAAAUAUAAUAAAAUUACGACAGAAAAACAAAAGAAGAAAAAUGCGUUCUGAUUUCAUGCUCAACAUUAUUCUGAAAACAACGGUGUAGAAUUCAGAUUGCAGUUUUAAGAUAAAUACGGCAUCAUCUGAUCGUAAUCCUAUCGUGUUUCUUAUCUGGAUUUAUUUUCUUUCAAAAGAACGGGUUUUGUUACCCAAUAUUUUAUUCUGUAUGAACUUAAUAUGUAUCUCAUCCGUUUCGUGGCUCCUUGCCGACUAAUCUUCAAUUAAUCUUUUCCCCGUCUAUCGUCCCCUUGCUCCCUACAGAGUAUAUUUCAAUGACAAGCUCUUAUUUGUGAAAAAAAAAA